AUGAACUAUUGUUCAAUAAUAAUAAUCUCAAAAUUAAUAUCAAUAACAAUCAUAAAAAGUCACAAAGUCGCAGAAACUCAAAUUCUUUCAAUCUCUGGUAAAUCAGCCAAGGCAAAAUUCAAAUCAAUUGCAAGUUCAUGUAAAAAUUCAAAAGCGACCAUCACUGCUGCGGGUGCUGCAAGUUGUGCUGCUACAGGUGGUGAAGGUUGUACAGGUGGUACAGGUUAUAAUAGCAGAACUUUUAGAACAAUUAGAAUUAGAAGGUCUUCAAUCCGAAAAUCACAAUAUUAA